AUGGGCUCAUCAGGAGUUGCUGUCGACGCCAACGGAAAAAUCAUCAAAAAAUCGGGAGGUGGAAAUGGCGGCGGCGGCAAUAACAAGAAGACUUUCCCGAACAAAAAUCGACAAAACGGCGGAAACAACAACAAAAACAAUAAUAAUCGUCAGAAGAAUGGUGGAAAUCAAGGCGGCGGCCGAAAUCACGGCCCGCCACGUGGCGGACCGAUGCCAAUUCCACCUUUCAUGGGCGGACCAAUGAUGCCGAUGAUGCCAAUGAUGGGACCACCGAUGCAGGGACCACCAAAUGCGUUUUUCAACGGACGAAAACAGGUCGGUUUUUGGAGCGAGCUGCAAAAAAACUCACGAAAGAUUUUCAAAUGAGCCUGAAAGUGCUCGGGCGCCACUUCAAUCCCUGAAAUUGGUGGCUUUGGCCUUUUCCCAGCUCUCAAUUGGGAUUUUGGAUUCCACCAGCUAUUUUGAGCUCAAAAAUUGCUCAUAUUAGAGAUAUUGGUCUUAAAAAUCGAAAAAUCAAUAUUUUUCUAUCUAAAAAUCAAUAUUUUCCAGCUUACAAAAAGGCCUAGGAUUUUAAAGUCAGGAAAAAUAUCAUGUUCCUUUAAUAUUUUAAGAUUUCCAGCUCAGUACGGCUCAAAAAGGCAAAUAUGCUCUAAUGCAAGUUCAUGAUUUGCAUCAGGCCUUUGGAGUUAAAAGCCUGUGAUGCAAAUUCGCUCUAAUCCGAUUUUUGAGUUAGAUAAGGCUUCCAAAGCCCGGAAAAUCCAUGUUCCUUUAAUUUUUCAAGAUUUCCAGCUCACCGUGACCUUACUCAUGGCACAGGAGGCAAAUGCGCCCCGAUGCGAAUUUUUGAAUCACGUAGAGCUCCAAAAAUCCUGUUUUUCUCUGAUUUUCAAAGAUUUCCAGCUUACAACGGCCUUUCUCAAGGUCCAGGAGGCAAAUGCGCCCCAAUGCGGAUUUUUGAAUCACUUCAAGCUCUUAGAGCUCCAAAAAAUCUUGUUUUUCUCUAAUUUUCAAAGAUUUCCAGCUCAUCACGGCCUUUCUCGAGGUCCAGGAUGCAAAUGCGCUCUAACUCAAAUUUUUGAGCGAAGCCAGGUUUUUAUAGCCUGAUGCCACGAUUUUUUUUGGCUCAAACGACAAAUGCGCUCUAAUGUAACUCAAUUUUUGAGUUUCUCUAGGCUUUUGAAGCCUAUCAAGCCCUAGAACCAAAUUUUUUACCCGAAGGCAAUUUUUCGGCCGAUAAACCGUUCUUCUCUCAGUUUUUCAUCAAACCGAAUUUUCCUCAAGUUCCACUUUUUCUCUCAAAUUCAUGUGGUUACACAAAACACGACGAUUCUUCUUUCGAAAAACAACAUGUCAUCAGAUGUUUCUAUAUUCUAUUAUGUACUGUAUUUGUGUGUUUGCAGAAGAACGGCAAUAGAAAUCAAUCGAAUCAACCAUCAGGUUAAUAGUUUUUUUCAUUUUAUUUUAUUUGAUGUCUGUUUGAAAAAAUUCCAAGAUUUCUAUCGUAAAAGUCUUGAUUAGGUUAGUUAGGGACCAGAUUUGCAAAAAAAAUCGGAUUCAGUGGUGUUAGGGAAAAAAAUGUUGAGUUAAAUUAUUUGAAAAAAUAAGCACCUGAUGUUGAUUCAUAACAUUUAUUAAAAAUUGUUUUUUUAAUUUUUAACAAAUUAAUUUGGGGGAUGAAGCUUUCGCUUCGGAACUUCUAUUGAGCUUGAAGCCAAAAAUUUUGCUCAAAAUUUGAAAUUUUUCAUAUUUUUUGAGCAAUUGAGUUGGAAUAUUCGGUUUUAAUCGUAUUUAUAAGAUAAACAGGUUUAAGACAAUUCAAAUGAUCCAAUUUUUUAUGGGUUAAGAAUAUCCGUAAGUGAUUUAAGGACAUAUAGCUCAACAAUGUCCUUAAAUCACUUAUGGGUAUCGUAAAAUCAAAAAAAAAUUACAUCAUUCAUGAAUUUGCAAAUUGUUUUAGGCUUGGAUAUGCUAUAAAUACGAUUAAAACCAAAUAUUUUAACUAACUUGCUCAAAAUUCUGAAAAUUGCGUUUACUAGAUCUCAAAGAUCUAUGAAAAUCAAGAAAAUUGGCUCGAAAAGCUCGGCUUUUUCUAAACGUUGAGAAUUGCUCGAAAAUUAGCCAUACACGGCCUCUAAAAACUGUCAAAAAUCAAAAAUCCACCCUGAAAUCCGAUCAAAUCUGAUGAAUUAGGACUCUAACUUCUACAUCUUCAGAAAAAAAAUUUCUGAAAUUUAUCCAAUUGUUUUGCAGACUACAAUGGACCAUCUGCUGGCAAUGUUGGACAAGGAAGAAUCGGCGGUGGUGGACCAAUGAAUGUGAGAAAAAAACGGAACUUUGGGGGCAUCCUGAUUGUGAAAUUAAAUUUUGAAAAAAAAAUGAGAAUCCAAAUUCAAAAAAAAACAACAAAUUUUUCAUUCAGAAUCCACAAAAUGGACCAGGAGGACCGGAUGCUGUUGAUGUUCCGGGAUUCGGAAAAAAUUCGAACAUCCACGAAUUGUUCGGCAAAAUGGUGUGGAGGAAAAUGGAGCAGAUUCGCGAUCCAACAGCCGUCGACAAUUUGCAAAAUCGAAUUAUGAACUUGAUUCAUGAGACGAUUGCCGGACAAAAUGGUGGAAAUAAUAUGGGAAAUAAUCAAGGAGGACCAAUGAUGAAUAAUGGAGGAGGAGGAAAUGGACAAAUGCGUGAGUUUUUUGGGGAAAAAGGGUUGCUGGAAAAGUGAAAAAUUGAAAAUUACUCAAAUUUCUUAUAAAUUUAAACUGGAAAAUUAAUGGUUUUUAUAUUAAAACCCCAGAAUUUCCUCGUUUUUUUGAAGUGUAAAAUUAUCAGAAAGUUCUCGAAAAGUUAGGAUUCUCCUGAACUUUCAAACAAAAUUUGAAAUUAAAGGUUUUCACGGAAAAUUGAUUUUUCAAUUUUUUUUAUUCUUUACUCAAGGAGUUCCCUCAAUUUUUAUCUCAAAAAAAAUAUUUUAAGAUGUUCAGAAAAAUCUAGAACUUUAUAGGGAAAUUCAGGAUUUUUAACUUUGACCGGCAUGCGAAAUUUGAAGUUUUUAAGUUCAAUUUUGCCACACUUCAAUGUUCGUUUAAAAAUUCAGAAAAAUUCAAAUUUUACGAAGGAAAACUCAGGAUACUUGAAUUGUAUUUUGCCACGUGGCAUGAGGAAUUCGAACAUUUUUAUAAUUUUGAAACUAAUUUUUGAUAUUUGAAGUUUUUAUUUUUGAAAAUUCAUGUUUCAAAAUUAUAGAUCAAAUUUGAAAAUUUCGGACAAACCGGGAAUUUUUUUUUGAAAAUAGAUUUCUCGAAAAACUUCAAAAUUUCUGUUUCUGUCUGAAAAAUCGAUAUUUCCAGCUCAAAUUUUAAUUAGCAAAUUUAAGAAAUUCUGGAAAAGUUUGAAAUUCGGAAAAUCAGCAAACACUUCUAGAUAUUGUUUUGAGAAAAUCUUUCAAUUCAAAAAACCCUAAAAUUUACCCUAUAUUCCCACAGAAAUUCCCAAAUCCUCAAAUUCCCAAUUUUUCAGAAGGAAACUUCAACAAUGGCGGUGGUUUCAACAACGGCGGCGGUCCAAUGAAUGGUGGUGGAGGAGGACCAUUCAAUAAUGGUGGAAAUUUCGGAUUCACGCGAUUCUAA